AUGGAGUUGCCAUCAUUGAUGUUGGGUGGUGCUCCUGUUCGACACGCCCACUCGUGCCUCAGCCUUUCCAACAAACUUUUCCACACACUAUUCGAACUCUUGAGCCCCACUGCCCUUCCCACUACAACCGAUAGCUCACCACCUGAAAAUCGAGUUAUCCUCUCUGUCGGUAGUGGGACAGGACUUCUUGAGAGCCUCAUGAUAUCCUAUUUUGCCUCAAACCAGUCGAUCUAUCCCCAAUCAGCAUGCCUGAGCGUUGAAGGUAUAGAGGUCUGGCAGGCGGACUCCGCAGAAUUGGCCAAUAAAUACUUGUCUGAACCAUUCAUCAACAAUGUGCGAAGCUCAAGAGAGAUCUCGUCCCGCCUAAGAGACCCAGAGGUAUUCGCCAUCAUGUUUGUAUAUCCUCGCCAGCCGUCUCUACUAUCCCUCUACAUGACAACAAUACUCGAAAUGAAAUUGGCGACGAGAGUUGUGAUAUGGCUGGGACCUGUCGCUGAUUGGGCUGAAUAUGAGUCCUGCUUCACACGCAGUGAUACUAGCCACACACUUGAUGUGUAUGAAGGAGAUGAUGUUGGAAUAUGGUCAUAUGAAAUGAUGGCUGUGUGGAAGUUUCAGUCGUGA